GAAUCCAAGGAAAACGGCACAUGGCAGGGUGUAACUGGGAUAGAGUUGACGAUAGACUUUGGCUGGCCUCUUACCCAGCCCGGAAACAUCCUGCCGUGAAUCGGGAUUAUAAAAUGCCGGAAUUCCAGGAUUGUUCAAGACUUAACUCUGCGGCUCGCAAGUCUGUCUUCCUCUGACGCAAUGUCACCCAACCAGCUCUACCAGUACUCGAUCCUCAGUGCGCUCAUGCAUGGAUUGGCCGCCAAGGAGACCGGGAUUUCCAUUGCCGAUCUCCUCGCCCAUGGUGACCACGGCUUAGGCACGGUGGCCAGUAUGAACGGAGAAGUCAUCGUGGUAGAGGGCGAGAUGUUCCAUUAUCCGGUGUCAGGGGCUGCUCCGCGCCGGAUCACUGCUGAUGAUGUUGAAGGGGAGACCCUUCCCUUUGCCAUGGUCACUUUCUUUCAACCUUCCAUGACGAGAUAUCUAUCCUCAUUGUCCAUGUCGACGCUGGACACCUCCCUCGCCCCUCUGCUGCCAGACCGGCAAAACUCCUUCCUCGCUAUCAAAGCCACUGCCUUUUUCAACCAUGUCACCGUUCGAAGCAUCCCGGCGCAGUCAUAUCCUCACGAACCUCUCUCUGUUCUGUCCAAGCGUCAAACAGAACACACAGCAGAAUGCAUUGCCGGCACGCUUUUCGGUUUCUGGUCCCCGGAGUACAGUAUGGGGAUGAGUUUGCCCAGGUCGCACAUGCACUUCAUCUCGGCGGACAAACAAGCCGGGGGACAUGUUGUCGACUUUGAGACUGAGACAACUGACAAUAAAGUGAAACUGGAAGCUGCCGUGAUGGACGAGUACACGGUGCGGGUCCCUUCGACGGCGGAGUUUCACCAGGAGAGCCUCUCGUCGGGCAAUCCGACGGAGUUGAUGGCUGCCGAAGGAGCCGAGUAAAUAGCCUAUGCCAGUGGGGGCAUCCCCACUAUCCCUUCAUCCUUCACACCUCACAGUUGAAGAUGCUGAAGAAUCAGAAUGAUUGAUAAUCGCCCCCGCAGUG